AUGACCGAAUCCAUUCUCAAGGUUGUUCUCAUCGGCGAUUCGGGUGUAGGCAAGUCCAAUCUCGUCAUGCGCUUCACCAAGAACAAGUACAUGCCACAGAGCGUGCAGACGGUGGGCUUCGAGUUUGCCACCAAGACCUUCUGA